GCUGCAACGUUGCUUUCCCUGUACUUCAAAUGACUGAGAAGUAACCUCUUUUGCAGAGCAACAAACUCUCUCUCAAAACACAUUUAAGCUCUUUUCUUCUUCUUCUUCUUCUUCUAAGCUUGACCUUGCUGCCAUUGAAGAAGCAAACCAAAGCUUAUUUUGAAGCUCUGAAUUGGGUUGAAUUAACCAAGUGGGUACAUUUUAUUCUCGAGAACAUUGAGCUGGCUACUUGUUUUUCUUUCGAAAUUCGAGUUUGGGUACUUCUUAUCUUAUCUUUCACCCAUGAAGUCAAACCCAGGGACGACGGAGACCAGAUCUAAUUUAACGGCGUCGGGUGGGGGACAAGUUACGUCAUUCGAAUCCCUCCAAUUCACCGACGAAAUCCACCGUUUGAUUUUAGCUCCGACGACUAAUAACGCUAGUUCCUUGACGGCUCUGCUUGAACUACCGCCUCCACAAGCCAUUGAGCUUCUUCACUCUUCCGACUCGAUGAAGCUUAUCGCUGCUUCGCUUCCGAACGUUGAAGAUUUCAAAGGCAGCUUCCGUUUUCCUUCUAAUACUGGUUUGACUGAACCAGAUGCGAGGUUUUCCGUGUUUUCUGGAGAAGCUAACAACAGCAAUGAGAAGAGGCACUCGCCUGAGUCGAAAAACUUAAGCGCGAAUCUUGAGAAGGCGGUAAAGAGUGAGCCGGCGGAGACCGAAUCAUCCCAGCCGUUGGUCUCCGAUCCAACGGUAGACAAGCGGACUAUCAAGAGAAAGGACAGAGAAAAUAAGGUUAAAGGGUCUAGAAAGAAAAGCAAAACAGCUGUGAACGAGAGCUCAGAGGACGCCGAGAAGCUGCCUUACGUCCACGUUAGAGCACGCCGGGGACAAGCAACGGAUAGUCAUAGCUUAGCAGAGAGGGCAAGAAGAGAGAAGAUUAAUGCACGAAUGAAGUUCCUACAGGAGCUGGUACCUGGAUGUAAUAAGAUUUCAGGUACAGCCUUGGUGUUGGAUGAAAUCAUCAAUCAUGUGCAAUCUCUACAACGGCAAGUGGAGUUCUUAUCAAUGAGACUUGCAGCAGUGAACCCAAGAAUUGAUUUCAACCUUGAUAGUGUAUUCACAUCAGAAAGUGGAUCUCUAAUGGAUAGCAACAUCCCCGGCUUGGUUAUGCCUGCAAUGUGGCCUGAGAUUCAAGGCGAUGGAAACAGACAACAGUAUCAACACCAAUGGAAUGUCGAUGCACUUCAGCAGCCUGUUUGGGGAAGAGAAGUCUGCAAUAAUUACAUUACACCAGAAAACUCACUUUUAACUUACGGCUCCUCUGCAAAUUCAGCAACAUUGCAAGCAAAUCAACUGAAGAUGGAGCUAUGAAUUAUCUGAAGAAGUUCAAAGAGUUAGAUUUAUGGAAAAAUUGCUUUAAUGGUAGCUAGUAUUGUAUAUAUAUUUCGAAUAUUAGAAAUUAUCAGGAAAUAGAGGAGAGGCCUCGCCAUUUAUCACUAGGUUUCCAUGUCUUCAAUUUACCCGAGUCCAUUGGAAACCUUUGAUUUCUCAUGACUUGAUUGAAUAUAUCUUGU